UAAAAAACACCGCAAACCGUAGCCUAUAUGUAUUCAGGAGAACGUCAUACUGGACGAAGUCAGUGUCGGGGCCAAGAAGGAAAGUUCAAGCUAGAUUACGUCUUGACUACAGACGAUUAAAUGGCGCUGAUAACAAUGGAUAGAAAGACUUCUUUCGCUAUUGGUGCUGUAUUUUUACUGCACUUUUUCGCGGGCGCAUUGUCGUCGUCUGCGCCGAAGAAGCAUAUCCUUAUUCUCGGCGGAAACGGCUUCAUCGGCGGCGUGACCACGCUCUCUUUGCUUGACAAUGGUCACCACGUCACCUUGCUGAACAGAGGGAAUCCUUACUAUGAUUCGGACAAGAGGAUAAAACCGCACGCCUCGAGGCAAAUCAACUGCGACCGGGAAAAAUCGCUCUUACUGGAAUGCAAGGAAUUGAUCGAUGAUGAGACGUUUUACGACGUCGUGAUCGACUUCACUUCGUUCUCGCCGAAACAUGUGAGCCAGAUUUUGGACGCACUUUCGGGCAGAAUCGGUUUGUACGUGUUCAUCAGCAGCGAAGCUGUCUACGAAGUGAGCGCAAAAAAUCACACCCAACCCAGUAAAGAGGGCGAAGCAACGAGACCGGUCAGUCCGAACCGACGUCAGGAACUACAGAAAGCGCUUCCGUACGGCGACCAGAAAUUGGCGUGCGAAGAAUUGCUCAUGCAGCAAACAAAAAACGGGGUUCCGUAUCUUAUACUGCGUCUCCCGAUCGCCAUUGGUCCACGUGACACUACCUACAGAUGGUGGAUCUACCAACUUUGGAUCAUAACCCAUGAUGUAAUUCGUCAUCCAGUUCAUAUUCCCAAUGGAGUGCGGAGUGAUUUAUUCAGUCUCGUCCACGUCGACGAUGUUGCUGACGUGAUUUCGAGAAUUGUUGCCAUGGACACACUUUCGAUAGAAAAUAAGGUAGUGAAUUUAGCAUUGAAGGAACACAUCACUCUUCCUCGGGUCAUAAGAGACAUCGCUUCAUACUACGGCAUAGAUAAUGUGCAACACGAGGGGGACGAUAAAUCAACCUGGUAUGUGUACCCGGCCGGAACAAAAGGCCCGCUUGAUAUAUCUCGUGCCCAGGAAUUGCUCGAAUGGGAUCCAAUGCCCUGGAAGCAAGCGGUUGAGAAAACAUGCGAGUUUUACCACAACGCAAUGACAAAAGACGAUUACCUCAAGGAAAAGGAAAUAGUGUUAGCUGAUAUGCUGGACAAUAUUGUCCCCGAUGAAUUAUACGAUGCCUUCUUACUCAAGUUGAAGCAACAGUUCGGUGAGACUGUUCUCGCAGGGGUAGACUUGGACGUCGGGAUUCCUGAAGGAGCGCUGGAGAUCGACAGUGAGCCUUUGCAAAGUUCGGCUGGUGAAAACGACAGUGAAAGAAUGGCGGAGGAAUUGUAGAUCGAUUUCAACUGCAGCAACAACUCAUAAUGGCACGGUUAAUAUAGGAUAAGACAGUAAAGUAGUAGCGCAACUGUAAAACAUGUUACAAAGCCAGUAAUUUCUUCUGAAACUUGGAACAUGUCAUCAGAUGUAAUGUACGCCGGCCGGAAGAGAAGUGCAUUUGCGGUUAGCCUGCCAGUUCGCGAUUGGCAAUUCCGUUAUGUUUAGCGUAGCUCGUUCAAAAUAAGUAGCCUUAGUAACUGACCAAAACAGUCAAAUAAGAUGAAAGGCAAGGACAUUUCUUCAAAAUGCAUCAAACAAACUAUUCUCUAUCCUCUUUAUGCAUAAUAUCACCCUGUUUGGCCAACAUUUUUUCGUUUCGAUCUCGAGGGUGUUGAUUAUCACCGCUUCAACUUUUCCAAGAA